CUUUUCCUUACAAUCCGGGCAUUUCCACUGGAAAAAAAUGGCGGCCGUGUUCAGGUCACACACAUGAUACCAAUAUGAAAGUUGACAGAUCCAAACUAAAGAAAUCCUCAUCUGAGGUGCCUGCAGAUUGCAAGGUUCUGAUUGACAAACUGAAAGGUUUAUCUCCUGAUGACCUCUAUAAAGAACUUAAAGAUAUUAAGUCAUGGACUUAUGGGAAGUGCGAGCUCUAUCAUUGGGCUGAUAUUCUAGAUAUAUUUGAUGCAUUUUUGGAAAAAUCUUGCAACAAAGAAAAUGAAAAGAAGUGGACACUACACUGUGACCUGGGGGGAAGUGAGCAGCUUAAAAAGCUACUCCUUGAAAUUCUACGAUUUACGGCUCUCUUGAUUGAGCACAGCUUCUCUAGACAUCUCUACAACUCGAUGGAUCACUUAACAACUUUGCUUACCUCAUGUGACAUGAGUACUGUGCUUUAUGUGCUAAACUUGCUCUAUGUUUUCAGUAAGCGGUCCAACUUUAUUUCUCGGAUGAAUCCUGAAAAAAGACAAGGUCUCAUUCAGAGGUUAAUUCAUCUUGCAGAGAGUUGGGGAGGAAAAGAAAAUGGAUUUGGUCUUGCAGAAUGUUGUCAAGAUCUUCCUUCUGGGAGCUUUCCACUAAGUGCAACAACAUUGCACUUUGAAUUUUACACAGAGAGUAAAGAGGAUAAAGAUAAACACUUUAAAAAAUUUCCAUCUGGUACAGCAACCAUAAUUCAGAGCAUACAUAUGGAAAAUGUAGACAAGACUGGAAGAAUGCCAUCCCAGAUUAUGGAAGAUAUAUUAGAUUUGUAUGAUGUUCCAUUAGAAAAACAGGUUUUGCUGUUUACUCACAUACGAUUGGCAUGUCUGUUCUCAAAUUAUGAAGCUCGUGUACACUGUGUCCAGGCAAGACUUCAGGCUAUUUCAAUCUUGGUUUACUCAAGUGCAAUACAGGAUAAUAUGAAUGUCAUAUUAUAUCCAGGAUUAAUUGAGGAGUUAGUGGACAUUGUUGAAAUAAAAGAUUCUGCUUUAGUUGACAUCAAAUCAGCAGCCCUAAGAACAUUAACAUCUGUGAUACACAUAGAAAGAAACCCCAGACUAAACAGUAUUAUUGAUGCUACUGGAGCUUCUUCAUACCAUGGCUUUUUACCAGUUUUGGUUAGGACAUGCAUUCAGCAUAUGAUAGAUCCAGAACUAAAGCCAUUUACACAGACAUAUGCAACAUCACUUUUCUCAUUUCUAUACCACCUUGCAAGCUAUGAUAAUGGUGUUGAAGCCCUUGUUUCAUGUGGCAUGAUGGAGUCAUUGCUUAAGGUUAUCAAUUGGUAUGGAGAUGGUCAAGAACACAUCACAUUUGUGACACGGGCAGUACGUGUGAUUGAUUUAAUUACCAAUAUGGACAUGGCUGCCUUUCAAGCUCAUGGAGGUUUACAAGCGUUCAUCAAUAGACUAGAGCAUGAAGUGAACAUUUGCAGAAUAGAGCAGCCAUUUGUAAUAAAACACAGGAGAAGGGAAACUAGCAUGGAUGCCAUGGCUGAUUCACCCUCGUCUGUGCCAAUGGAUACUUCAUUAACUGAAGAUGGAGAGUCAAUUGUACAGAAUUCAGAAACACCCAUAGCAAACACUUCUUCAUCAGUAGGUGUAGAUUCCACUUUGCAGCAAUCAGCCACUGUUAGCAUUAAUAAAAGUGUCGAAGAAGGAAGUACAAAUUGUCCUAAAGGAAGACAUUGCUUUGCCCAAAGAGCUGCACUCCUUAAGUCAAUGCUCAAUUUUAUGAAAAAAGCUAUACCAGACUUAUCCUUUGCAGAAAGCAUACGGCAUUUAAUGGAUGGUUCACUUCCAAAAUCUCUCAAACACAUUAUCAGUAAUGCAGAGUAUUAUGGACCUUCCUUGUUUUUACUUGCUACUGAUGUGGUCACAGUUUAUGUCUUUCAAGAACCAUCUCUUUUGUCUUCACUGCAAGACAAAGGCCUUACUGAUGUAGUUUUACAUGCCUUACUAAUUAAAGAUGUGCCAGCAACUAGAGAGGUCCUAGCUGCUUUACCUAAUGUAUUCAGUGCACUGUGUCUUAAUGCAAGAGGCUUAGAAGCGUUUGUGGCUUGCAAACCAUUUGAUCGUCUUUUUAAAGUACUCCUGUCACCAGACUAUUUACCUGCUAUGAGGAGGAGGAGAAGUUCAGACACAUUUGGUGAUACAGCCAGCAAUCUGGGUAAUGCUAUGGAUGAAUUAAUGAGACAUCAACCCUCACUUAGAACUGAUGCUACAAAAGCAAUAAUCAAGCUCUUGGAAGAGAUUUGUUCCAUGGGCCAAGACCCUCACUUCAUUUGUCAGAAGCAGCAACCAAAGUCAGAUCAAACUGCAGCUCAGUCAAGUGUAAGGUCACCCCAGUCUAACGAGGCUUCCUCCUCAGAUGAAGAAGAGGAUGAAGAAGUAGAAAUGUCCUCUACUGUCCCACCAACUUCUCAUGUUAUUAGUACACAAGAAAAACAAACAGUUCCUUCUACAUCUCAGCAAGAUCCUAUGCAAUCACAAGAAAGACAAGCUAUUCCUCUGAUGGAUUAUGUUUUAAAUGUUAUGAAGUUUGUAGAAGCAAUACUUAGUAACAACUCUACAGAUGAUCAUUGCAAGGAAUUUGUUGCACAAAAUGGGUUAAAGCCACUGAUGAGUAUUUUGGGAUUGCCAAACUUGCCCAUUGAUUUCCCAUCUUCUCCAGCAUGUCAGGCUGUUUCUAGUGCUUGUAAAUCUGUUCUUACAUUGUCCAGAGAGUCAAAAGUGAUCAAACAAGGUCUACUUCAAAUGCAUGAGGUGCUUCAGAGGCUUGAGCCCUUGCAUAAUCCUCUGGAGCCACCUGGGGGAUCUGUUUUGCUACAUGAAUUGGCCAACUGUGCUCAUAUUCCAGAUGCCACUCUCUCACCAACUGCCACUCCUUUGCUUCAUGCCCUGGCUGCUGCCCAUGCAUAUAUAAUGAUGUUUGUGCAUGUCUGCAGAAUGGGACAGAUUCGUCUUAACUUGCAGACAGACAUUCGCACCAUUUCAGUGGACAACUGGGGCUCCGAUCUUGGACUGGAAGUAUUAAAAGGUUUAAGCUCUUUAUAUAACUCACUGGUGUGGGAAAGCACAGUUCUGCUUGCCCUUUGCAAUGAGGAUUACUUGCCUGCUGAUUGUUCCUUUGGGAGAGCUGAUUUGGAAAAACUUUUGAGCAAAGAUACUCAUGGUGAAACUGUUGAAGCAGAAUCUGGAAAGGAAGGGAAAAGUUCUGAAAGUAAAACAGAUAAAAAAGAACAGUCAGGACUAUCUCGGGGUGUAGGAGACAUGGGAAGCAAUGGAGUGAGUGUUGCUAUGGAAACUUUAACUACUGGGGAAGAAAGAAUGGACACAUCAGAACUAAGUCCUUUGGCUCAGAAUCAAAGCGAUCGUUUACCAGAAGCCGCUCAAGCAGUAACAGUUGAAGCUCCCCCAAAUCUGAACCCACUUGCAACUGUAGUGACAUCAACUUCUUCAACUUCAAUUGAAUCAGAUAUAUUGCCUGGGCCCAUUGGGUUGGGAACUGGAUCUGAUGACAAAGAUGCCAAGAAAAAACUGUCUCCUGCCAUGCAGGCACAGCUAAGGCAGCUGAAGCCACUACUGACCCUUUCAUCUCGAUUAGGCAGAGCGCUCUCAGAACUGUUUGUGCUUUUGGUUAAACUAUGUGUUGGAUCACCUGUGAGACAACGUAGAUCCCAGCAGCCGCCACCUACUCCCCCUAUUCCAUCCCCAGCAGCUAGGGCAGUGGCAUUAGCACUGACUAAAUUACUUGCUGGAGGCUUGUCAUUCCAACCACCUCCAUGUGCACCACAGCCUAAAUUAAGAUUAAUUCAUCCCUCCCCCAGAAUGACAUUUCUUGUUUGUUCUGCUGGAUUCACUGCUCCCAUGCUAUUUGAUGAGAAAAAACAGCCCUACCAUUUGAUGCUACAAAAGUUUGUCGCGUGUGGAGGUCAGGCUGCGCUUUUUCAAUCUUUCUCAUGGGCCUUAUCUAUUGAUGGUAAGGUGCCCUUGUCUGAGGGACUUGAACAUGCAGAUCUUCCUGAAGGAACUGGUGAAUUUUUGGAUUCCUGGUUGACGCUUGUAGAGAAAAUGAUCAACCCCAAAGCUGUGUUAGACUCACCUCAUACACUACCUUCAAAGGAUAAAGCACCUGGCCUUACACCUUUCAACCCAGUACAAUACUUGAUAAGCACUCAGAAAGCUGCUUUUAAUUCUGUGAUGAAUUUGUGGAACAAGAAACCUCUGUUGAUUCAUGGCAGUCGCAUGUCUGAAUCCAUAUUAACUAUUCUGUGUCAUAUCAUUGAUGGUGAAGCUAAAAUAAAGAAGUUUCUUGAGAAAGAAAAGCUAACCCCAUCAGGAUCAGGUGGUGAUUCAGCUGUUGACCUAAGUGGAGCUGGAACAUCUGGUGUCAGCAAUGGUGCAGCAGCUGCAGCUGCAACUUUGGCUUCCACAACUGCCAGAAGACCCUUGGAAACAAUGAUAAAUCAAGCCCAUCUUCAACAACUAAUGGAUAUGGGAUUUACUCGUGAGCAAGCAACAGUUGCUCUUAAUAACACCACUAGUUUAGAACAGGCAACCGACUACAUUCUAACCAACACUAUUCCUGCCACUUCACAAAAUCCAUUAGCUGGUGCAAUGGAUCUAGAACUGAAUGAUGAAGUUCAGAUGAUGAGAGCCAUAGCAAUGUCUUUAGGAGAAAAUGCAGUUAUGUCCACAGACCAGACUAAACCUGAAAAUAAAGAAGACAAGUCAGAAGAAGCUGCAGAGAAACAAGAAGCUGAAGAGCCAUUAGAUACUACAGUUUUGGAUGAAUUCACUUUUAAUAUUUUCCCAGGUUGUCUCAACUUGUUGGAUACUCUACCUGAAACUGUUUAUAGAGUCUGUGAUCUUCUAAUCGUGGUUAUGAUUCGCAAUGGGGCUGAUUGGAAAAGACAGACCCUUGGUACACUCUGCAAAGAUCUAUGUGAGCUUUGUGAAGAAAUGACAUCUUAUGCUAAAGAUCUGAACUUUAAAGCAAUGCAGGGAUCAAGCAGCGCCCAAAAGUUUGCCACCAGACUUCAUCUUUUAAGUUUGCUUGCAGAGUAUUCUAUCAAUGAAUCCAAACAGGAAAUGAAUCUAGCGUGUGCUCUGGCAAUGCAAAGAGUAAAUCUUCCAAAUCAAAUUGUUCAUCUACUCCAAAUAAGCAGGGAUGCAAUGCUUUGUCCUGGACAAGUAGCAGAUGCUAAGCAAACACCCAAAUGGCUUGCACCAAUGUUACUUCUUCUUGACCUCUGGGAAAAAAUUUCUGUGGCACUAAAAAGAAAAAUGCAAGCCAGGAUUGCAGUGGGUGGGAACAGAAUUUGGAAAUGGUUUGAUGAUAGUAGUGGUAGAUGGUGUAAAUACAGCUCCAACAACAAUGCAACAAUUGAUGAGGCAUACAAGAAAGGAGACAGCUUUGUCAGAUUUCAAGCAGGCAGGAGAAAGUAUACUGUUCAGUUUGGAACAAUGAUCCAGCUAAAUGAAGAAACAGGAAACAGACGCCCUGUCAUGCUGUCAAUUCCUACAGCAGAGGAAAAGCCACCUGGAAAGAAGGAGAUCAAAGACAACCCUUCAGAAGAAGAUGUAGUUGCUUUAAAAUGUUUGUUUUCAGAGGAUAUUAAGAAAGAAUUUGAAGUUCCAUCAGAUAUUGAUGAUUACUUACCAGGAUUAACACCAGACAGUAUUGAAACUGUCAUUAGUUGCCUUAGUGCUUACCUCAGUAUACCCCUCAACUCUGAUACGCUACAUGCUGCAAUGAGGCUUAUUCUUCGUAUGACUCGACAACACCACAAUGCUGUUAAGUUUGUGGCUGAAGGUGGUGCUAAAAGGCUUCUGACACUUACUCUAGACUCAAAUUUCCAAGGUUUUCUGAAUUUAGCAACUUUAAUAUUUAGACACAUUUUGGAGGAGCCAGUCUCUUUAAGAUACUGCAUGGAAAAGGUUAUGCGUAAUGUGUGUGCAGGUAUUGGCUCAUGUCAGUCAGGUGUCAGUCAAGGUGGUGUUGGAGCUAAAGAAAUGCAUUAUGUUCUGAGAGUAUUAGGUCCAGCAGCAUGUCGAGACCAUGAAAUGUUUUCUCAAGUUGCAAGAGAUACUUUACAGAUAGCUCUACCACCACCAUCGUUAAGAGAUGAAGAUGAAACAAGGUACUGGGGUCCUAAUGCUCCACAAAUACUGAAAUGUACUCCAACUAAACAACUGGAAUCAUUAGUGAACACAUCUAUCAAGACUUUUAUUUGGGACUUGCUCAAUGCUCUGAUAGCUGAACAACCUAACAAAAAUGCCAAAGAUAACACAGCUUCACAAACAAAAGGACCACAGACUUUAGCUGAGGUUUUACAAGAAGCAUCUGAAGGCCAGUCUGGUGGCAGUGCACAUUUCCCUUGGGUAAUUCACUGUGGAACAGGAAGUAAUGUGCAGCAAAUGGGAGAGAAUGAAACUGGGGAAAAAGACUCAUCACCAAGUGGUGCAGAUGAGAGUAGUACACCCUCUUUUAGACCAUUGAUUCCAAAGUCAGCUAUUCUCAGACUGCUGUCUGAGAUCAUUAGAUCCUAUGGAAACUGUGUACAGUUAAUAACUCAGUACAAUUACCAACCUGGACAGACUGAACUUGUUUCUGAAGGCUGCUCUGUCUUGGCCUUUGUGCUUGAUAGUCUUCUUCCGUGUUCCCAAGAGGUUGGUGAUAAGGAUUGUCCAGCUUUAUCUAGGGUAUUCAUUGCCAGCAUUGCAUCCUGUAGUCACAGCCCUGAUGCCCAAAUGGCACUGGUUGCUGAAGUUAAGGGAGCUCUUCAACGUGCUUUAGUUCUGCCUGAGAGUUCUUCUAAGCAUCAGAGAAUUCAGGCUCUUGCUAGCAUCAUAAACACAAUGAUUGAAUCAUGUCCAACUCCAGGCCAAGUUCCAAACCAAGUGUUUAAAGGUCAGCAAGUAAUGAACAACAACAUGAUGAAAAUCCUGGUUAAAAAGGGAGUGCUAGUUGAUCUUGCACGCAUUCCUCAUAGCUUGGAUCUCUCAUCACCUUUCUUGGCACCUACCAUCAAUGCUGUGUUGAAGCCUUUGGAAACACUCUCACGAUCUGUGAAUUCUCCAGACAAAUUUGUUUCCAUGAAGAAAAGCAGUGCAGAUCACAAUACUACAGCACCUGAUCAAGGGGGCACAACUACCCAGGUUGUCACAGAGCCUGCUCUCUCUAAUGUUGAAAUGCCUGCUGCCCCUUCGACAAAUGAGAUGAACAUUACCAUUGAAGAUGUAACCAAUAACCCUGAUGCCCAAAUAGAUUUAGAGACAUCUAGUGAUCACCAGAUAGCAGAACCACAAGUUGUUGGCCAGGAAGAAGAGUUAGACACAGUCUUGCAGCAAAUAUUCCAAAGCGAACCAGGUGGUGAUCCCGAAGACCAGGUCAUAUCAGAGAUGACUAUAUCGAAUGAUCCUGCUGGAGGAGAGGAGGACAAUGAAAUUCUUAUUGAUGUUGAAGUUGAAGGGGAUGAAGAUGAUUAUGAAGGUCAUGAUUCUCAAAUGGUCAGUCAAGUUCUCUCAGAUGAGGAUGAUGAGGGGGAUGUUAGAGACCAUAGAGAUCGUGAUGAUAAUCAAGAUGAUGUGUCUGGAGAUGAAGAAGACUAUGAUGAAGCAGAUCAAGAAGAAAUAGGAGAAGAAGAUGACGAAGAUGAUGAAGAGGACGAUGAAGAAGAUGAUGAUGAUGCUUCUGACAUUGAUGGUGAAGGUGAUGAUUACCAAGAAAUGCGAAAUCCCUUUGAUACAGAUGACUUGGUCUUUCAUAUGGAAGGCUUUCCAUCAGGUGGAGGUGGCCAACACAUUAUCUUUAAUGAUGCUAGCCAAAUACAGACCUAUCAACUUCCUGUUCAUCUACAUGAUAAUGAUAAUGGAACUGAUACAUUGCCAAGUAUGCCACCUGCACCCAGUAAUAUAACAAGUACUCAUCCAUUAUUAAUGAGACAAGGAGACCCUCACUCUAUUCGUGGCCAUCGUGGCAGUAGACAGAGGCUGAGAGCUCUUCCAACAGUGCAUGUCAAUCUGAACUCAACUACCAGGCAGCCCAACACACCAGUUAUAUUGCAAAGAUUACUUGGCCCUGCUUCUGCAGCAGAAAUUCUACAGCUGACUAGUACUCUGAGUAAUGCUCAAAGUGCUGGAGGAUCAGGACCCACCAGGGUAGUGCUAGCUGGAGAUAAUUUCCCUGUCAUACAAAGAGGUCCAGAUGAUGAUUUGUUUGAGGAAUUGUUUCAGGACCCAUACUCUGAUGGUGGUUCAUCAGGUACUGGGGCUUUAUCAUGUAUUCCCUCAACAUUAACUAGGUGGACAGAAGAAACAAAAGUCCUAGAUGGUGAUGGGGUCCAUGAUCUUGUCAUGAUUUUGAAGCCACCUCUUAUUGAAGAGUUAGUUAAAAGAAGAGAUGAGGAAUUAGCAGAAAGAAAAGAGAAGAGGAAAAAAACUGCUGAGGCUUCAGGAUUAACAGAUGAUAAAAAGAAAGAUGAACUGAAGAAUUUGGCUAGCAGCAGUUCUGCCGGGUCGAUUAAUGCAAUCCCAUGCAAUGGAUCUGUUUCAAAUACAGAAAACAGUGCAAGUCAAGCCGCAGAAAUGCUAGCCUCAGCCAUGGUAGAACAAGUAUUUUCUCCAAUGGUGACAAGCUCAAUGUCAGGUCUGUCACAGCCAGCUGCCACAGCUGCUACAACAGCUGCUGGCUCAGCCAAUGCCAUGUUUACAAGCAUAGAUUUACCUUCUCUGUCGCCCAGCGCAGAGCACAGGCAAACCACGGAGUCAUCAUCUGUUCAGCCUAGCCCCAGACAAUUCCAGCCUGAAAUACCAAAUCCUGGAGGUCUGACAUCUUUCUCCUCUCAGUCCCAGCUCAUUCCCAGUGUGAUAUCAACACAAGCAAGCAGUGUAUCUACAGCACUUCCACAGUUUGCUGAUAUGUCAGCUAGCAUUGGGACCAGCUCAUUUAGCUCAGUUAUGCCUGGCUUAUUUCAUCCUCUGCCUUCAUUAGUGGCAAGUGCUGGGAAUCCACAGCUGAUUGACACUCCCUCACUUGAAGGAUGGGCUGUGGGUAUCGCACCCCCAAGAGAUGAAACAAGACCCACAGCUAAUCCAAUCCAAGGUUCAAUGAUCAGCCAGCUUUUGGACAGUAUUAUGGCUGACCAACCUUAUACUUCAAGCAACAGUAGCACAACAACAACACCUUCCUUUUCAUCAUCUUUGGCUCAAGGACUACCUUUCCACACAAGUCCUCGCCCUCCCAUGCAUGUCAGACAUAUUCCAUGGCCUCCUGAUGGUCAUUUCACUGUGCCACCUCCUCAUUUCUUUUUAAGCUCAGCUCAUGACCCAACUAUACAAGCAACAACUACUGCAGCUUCAACCAAUCCACAGCAAAGAUUUACAUCUGGGUUAUCAACAUCUCCCAUGUCUUUUUCUCAAUCUGUUGCUUCAAACUCAAAUAGACAAAGUCCAGCACUUAAUGAAGCUUCUCUAAUGGGGGAGAACAGAGCUUUACCAUCCACAAAUCCUGCUUCAUCAUUAUGUGGUAGCCUUGACCUAACUCAGGACCUGUCUAGUAUUCUCUCACCUCAAAGCACUCAGCCUGGUUACAGUAGUGGAGUCACAGGAGCUACACCCCCACUCAGCAACCUGACUUUUGUGACAACUACUGCACCAUUCAUUGUCUCAACCACAGCACCAACUGUUUCAGGAGGAAUUGGUGAAGUGUCUUUGGUCAGCAGUGGAGCCAACUCAACUUCUACAGCACAACAAGGAGGAUCCAGCACUGACCCUGAACUACCAGAAGGUGUGGAUCCUUCGUUUUUAGCAGCAUUACCUGAACAUAUCAGGCAAGAGGUGAUCUCUGAGCAGUUACGACUUCAGAGAAUCAGACGGCGAGCUCAAGAACAAGCUCAACAAAGUGUCUCUGCUAAUGAAUCUGGAGGAAAUGAAAGUAGCACUGCUAUGGAAGUCAACCCUGAGUUCUUAGCUGCUCUUCCACCAGCUAUCCAAGAAGAGGUUUUAGCACAACAAAGAGCAGAACAAGCAAGAAUGGCUGCCCUGCAGCAAAAUGCGGCUAACCCAGAUUUACCUGUUGAUCCGGCCACUUUCUUCUCAACGCUGUCCACUUCCCUUAGACAGCAGGUACUUUCUGACAUGGAUGAUAGCAUGCUGGCUGUACUACCUCCUGAACUUGCAGCUGAGGCACAGGAGCUACGCAGGGACAUGGAGGAAAGACACCGGCGUUUACUCCAGGAACGUCUUUUUGCUCAGGCUGGUGCGGCUUCAAUCUCAGCUAUUCUCAGGCACUCCGGUCUAGCUGGUCGACUUGGUACAAGGUAUGCCAUUCGUGCAGCACCUAGACACAAUCAGUGGUCGUUUGGUGGUAGUCGUCUUAAUCCAGCUCCAACAGGGACCUCUAACCCCACAAAAGUUAAGGGUAGAUUUAUGUUGGAUGCAGAAGCUUUAACAUGCCUUUUAGUUUUAUUAUUUAUUGAUGAGCCUAAAUUAAACACAACGCGUUUACAUAGGGUUCUGAGAAAUCUGUGUUACCAUGGACCCACUAGGGCUUGGCUUAUUCGGGCCCUUUUGUCAAUAGUACAGAAGGCAGGUGAUAGCAAUACUCAUUUGACUAGCAACUUGUGUGUGGAAGGGAACACUAAGGACAAAGGAAAAGGGAAGAAAUCUGCAUUAUCUUCUCUAACAAGCUCUCCAGCAAUGUCACUGUCAUCAUUUGACACUCAAGUUUCUAUGCAAUCAGAAAGUGCAAGUGCACCAAACCUAUCCCACCCAUUAGGCAUUGGUGCUACCACCCCUGUUGGUUCAGGUGCUGGGGGCUACUGGUUGUCGAUAAGUCUUGAAGCAGCACUUGGUUGUAGAGCCAAUGUCUUUCAAAUACACAGGACCUCGGGUAAAAAAUUGAGCAGCUCAGCCCCUGCUCAUGUCAGUAUUCACCCGCAGGCUGCUCCUGUGGUCUGCAGGCAUGCUUUAGAUACACUAAUAUCUCUGGCCAAAGUUUUCCCAACUUAUUUCCUACCUGCUGGAAAAGUGAAGGAAGUCAAUAAGUGUGAGGCAGGGGAGGAGUCUGAGCUUGGCAGCUGCAAGAAAUCCACGUCUGUAGGCCAACCUGCUGCAUCACAAUCUAGUCCAAAGUCAGCUAAGCCGGCUGAAACACCGUCACGCCAUGAAAUUAAACAAGACAAUGACUUCUGGAGCAUUCUUGUGAGGUUGGAUAGCACUUCAGGAAAGAGCAAGGGUAAAGGUGUACAGCGAAGUCACAGUGGUGUGACAUCAGAAUCGGAAAUGUUAGUGACCGAUUACGCUGCCAGUGCACUUGGACAACUCAUGUCUAUGCUAAACCACCCAGUUGUAAGGAGGAGCCAGCUGUUGACUGAUCGUCUUCUCAGGCUGUUGGGUCUCAUUUCUGUUAGUUUACCAGACAGCAGUCGCCAAUCCACCACAGCAACUACUACAACUACAACAUCUGUGGCCAGGGCAUCAACAGCUGUGACGGUUACAUCAGCUACUACAGCACCUACAUUAACAACUGCCCCUGUCACAUCAGCAGGACCCACACCAGUCACCACACAAGAACCAGUGCCAGCAGCAAGUCCAGGGCUUUCAACAAGUGGUCAGGAGAGUAAGAAGAAAGAUGAACUCCUUACCAUUGAAACUGAAUUAGAGGAGGAUGAAGCUCCAAUAUUAUAUAAUCAACUCAAGUUGGCUGUUGAGGUACUUACUUCUAAGUCCUGCUCAGAAGAAGGUCUUGAAGAUGCUACUAAUCUUCUCUUACAAUUGUCUUGGGCCAACACAGCCACACGUGCAGCUGUCCUGGAGUUACUUUUGUCUGGUGCUAGACAGCUUGGCAUGACUGUGUGUAGUCAUAUUAACAGUUUGUUGGAACAGCUGAGAGAUUUAAAUCUGAAGUUGGGGAUUGAUCUGAUGGAUGAUGAAAACAGUAGUGAUACAACAGCAGGGUCUGGGUCUUCUGGGGCCUCACAGCCUGGUAAAGGAAUUCUACAAGAUAGGUUUUCAAGUGGUGCUAGCAUUGUUGUCUCUGCACCUGCAAGGCUCAAAACUGGCCGUGAACUGCAGCUUCCAUCCAUGUCACAGCUGACCAGCAAGACAUCUGGGCAGCAGUUUUUCCUCAGGAUCCUCAAAGUUAUCAUUCAGCUCCGUGAUGCUGCAAGGACUGCAGGCAACAAGCAUAAAAAGCCUGUUGGUCGAGGCAGAGGUCGCUCAGGCUUUGAACAGAUUCAUGCUAUUUUAAAUUCUGUGGUUAAUGACGAUGAUUUUCUCAACCUGUUUGGUGAUAACCAAAUGUUGCCAGAGCCUCCUAAUGUUGUGGCUCAACUUGCUGGACGAACAGCUUCUACCACAACCAAUAGAUCCUCUAUUCCAGACGGACCAACAGUUAGCCAGUCUCAGGCCAGCCAAGGACAGGAAGAGAUAUCUAGGGCAGCUGAAGUACCCAUGGAAGUUGAUUCUUUGGCUACUGCUACAGGAGGUGCUGCUACUGACAGUGAUGGUAAAGUGUCAGAAACUGUGUCCUCUAUGACCCAAGUGAGUGGCUCCACAACCUUACCUCGUCUCAGUGAACAGCUGGGCCUGGAAGAACUGUGGAACACUCUAGGUUACUGUCUGGCAGAACUGGCUCGCACACCAGAUCACCAUGCUGUCCUUAUAUUGCAACCAGCAGUUGAAGCUUUUUUCAUCGUUCAUGCUGGUGAGAAGAGCAGCAAGCCGAGUGAACAGCCUCUAGCUAGACGAGAAGAUCAGCUGGCCCAUCUAAACAUGGAGAUGGCACCACCCAGUCCCUCCCCUGGUCCUUCAUCUGCUGAAGGACCUUUAUCUCUCCUAGCAAGGGAUAACUCAGGAAUAGCUAUGGCUUCAAUUACACACCUUCCACCUGAUACUCAAAAGUUCCUCAAGUUUGCAGAGACACAUCGAACAGUUUUAAACCAAAUUUUGAGGCAGUCAACUCUUCCUCUUGCUGAAGGACCCUUCUCUGUUUUAGUGGAUUAUACUAGAAUAUUAGACUUUGAUGUCAAGAGAAGAUACUUUAGGCAGGAACUUGAGCGCAUGAAUGAAGGCGCACGGAGAGAGGAUUUACCUGUGCAUGUUCGCAGAUCUAAUGUUUUUGAAGAUUCUUUUAGGGAAUUGUUCAGGCGGACACCAGAGGAAUGGAAGCAAAGAUUUUACAUUGUUUUUGAAGGUGAAGAAGGUCAAGAUGCUGGAGGGCUUCUUAGAGAGUGGUACAUAAUCAUCUCUCACGAGAUCUUCAACCAAAACUAUGCACUCUUCCUGACAUCCCCUGGUGACCGGGUCACCUACAGCAUCAACCCAUCCUCCCAUUGCAACAGCAACCACCUCAGCUACUUCAAGUUUGUUGGCCGGAUCAUUGCUAAAGCAGUAUAUGACAACAAGCUGCUGGACUGCUACUUCACCCGGUCCUUUUACAAGCACAUGCUAGGGCUGGCUGUCAAGUACACUGACAUGGAGAGCGAGGAUUACUCAUUCUAUCAAGGCCUUGUAUUCCUGCUGGAGAACAAUGUCACUGAUUUGGGUUAUGAUAUCUUCUUUAGUACAGAGAUUCAAGAGUUUGGUGUGACAGAAACUCGAGAACUUAUCCCCAAUGGAUCAAAUGUCCUUGUUACUGAUGAAAAUAAACGGGAGUAUGUUAAGCUUGUAUGCCAGAUGAAGAUGACUGGUGCCAUUAGACAGCAGCUCAAUGCAUUUUUGGAAGGCUUCUAUGAUAUUAUCCCUAAGAAGCUGGUCUCAAUAUUUACUGAACAAGAACUUGAACUGUUGAUAUCUGGAUUGCCCACUAUAGAUAUUGAUGAUUUGAAGGCUAACACUGAGUACCAUAAGUAUCAGGCAACAAGCUUGCAGAUCCAGUGGUUCUGGAGAGCUUUACGUUCCUUUGAUCAGGCAGAGAGAGCCAACUUCUUGCAGUUUGUCACUGGUACUUCCAAAGUGCCAUUGGGUGGCUUUGGUAACUUGGAAGGAAUGAAUGGCACCCAAAAGUUCCAGAUCCACAGAGAUGAUAGAUCUACAGAUCGCCUACCAUCAGCCCACACUUGCUUUAACCAAUUGGAUCUCCCAGCCUAUGAAACCUACGACAAGUUAAGGAAGAUGUUGCUGUUGGCUAUAAGUGAAUGUUCUGAAGGUUUUGGUUUAGCUUAAAAUGGUGUAGUUUGUUGUUAGCGUUAGUGCUAGAGCUGGCUGGACUACAGAGAGAAAUCACUUUGUGUCUCCCUGGUGUACAUGUUGAAAAAGAAAAUACAUUUCAUGACCUGUCAGUUGUAAGGAUGGAUGUUCACUGUGGGUGUUGUGUGAUCAUCAUCAUUGUUCUUAUUCUAAGGAAUUUUUUGCUGAUACUUAUCAACAGGUUAGAAAUUAAUUUCCAAAUUAUUUUUAAACUAUAAAAUUUAUUACUGGCAUUCACAAGUCGUUACUGAGAAGACUCAGAACUAUACAUAAACUGUUGACAAGCAUAGCUUAAUAUUGUUGUUUGUAUAUAGUAGAGGUUUUUUUUUUUAAUUAAUCACGUUGACUCACUAAUGCUUUUUUUCUUUACAUAAUAAUACAAGUUAAAUUCUGCUUCUUCUGUAAUGUUAUACAUAAAAUAAGAAUUACAGUUGUUUGCUUUUUGUUUUCAGGUUUUGAACAUAGUUUGAAAGUUAAUCAUUGUUAAACAAGUUAGAAUUAUGUAUUGUUUAUCAUUGGGGCAUUGUAUAGCCUGAUUCAAUUUUCACUCCCAUGGUGAUCAGUCACAACCAAUUCAUGUCAAGCCUUUCGUAUUGUAGGUUGUGUAUUGUCAUAUCAUCUCAUUCAUGUUUUUGAUUUGAACCAGGCCUCUGGAGCAGGAAGUAAUAUUGACCCCUUUUAUUUAUUUUCUCAUUUGUCCACAUUUAAGUUUGAUAUAAAUAAUGUCCACCUUACAUUUUCAACUGAUUGAUGCAUUUUUAAAGCCAGACUGGGAAAUAUAGUUGUUUAUUAGCUUGGUAAAAACUUGCCCCCAUAUUAACUGCUCCCUGCUUUGAUGCAGUUGAGUCAAUAAGGACAGUGCUUGUUUAAAAUUUAUCACUGUUGGACCUGGGGAGCAGAGCUGGUCCUAGACCUAGUGGUCAGUUUAUUUGUGGGCAUCUCAAAUCUGGUCUGGGGUCAUGUGCUCAUUUAGAAUGUGUCUGGUCAACAGUGUGUUUUUAUCAUCCAUUGCGCUAAGUGUGUGUCCUGUUUGCAGGUAUUGUUUCUCGCUGUGGUGUUGUGCAUUCCAUUUUAUUUUCAUCGCCUCGUUUAUUGCCAUUUGAUAGUUCAUUUUUGUUUUGACUUUUGAACAAUAUUGAGAAACAUGUUGAAAUUUGUAUAAUGUACAGUUUUUCUCUCUAGUAUUGUUUCUGUAUGGAAUAUGAAGUGUUUUCUCCCCCUAAAUGAACCUGAGUUGAAAAAAGUAAAGUGGUUUUAUUUUGAUUUAAAAAAAUGAUUUAAUAUACAUGUGUAGGAAUGAUCUAUCUAAGCUGUUUAGACCAGAAUUUUGUGGUUGGGUGUAUGAGGUUUGAUCCAUACCCUUCAAUGUUAGGGCUCUAUGAUGGUGAUUUUUUUUUUCAAACUUAAAUAAAGACAAUUUUAUCCA